CUUCGAACUAUUUACUACAGUGACAAUCGACUAUUAGGGUUUCAUUUUCUUCAAUUUUGGAAAAAUGAAAAUUAUUGGAAUGUCGGGAACUUCUAGCUUUAAAAUAUUUUAUUUUUUAUUUUGAGUACAGAUGAAAAUUAAAAGAAAAAUAAUGGAGUCCACUACUAACACCAAAAUUUCUGAUUCGGGAUAUUCCAAUAGUUGCAGUAAUACCAAUUCCCAAAGAAGUGCAAGUUCAAAAUCAAUCCAUAGUGAAAGUACGUCCAGCAGAAGCAGCGGAUAUUGUGGUGCUACAAAUCCCAAUGGCAGUGUUCAUAUUGAUUUGCAACCUCCAAUACGCAGCAGGGAUAAAGGACAUAAUAAGAAAAAAAUUAAAUCCACCAAUUUGGUUUCAACCCUUACUAGUAUAGUAGGUUCAACUUUAAAUUUGGCUUCAAGUGAGAAUCUUAACAACUUCACUAACAAUUUUAAUGAAGGAUUUUCUGAACCAGUUAUUGACGCCAAACAAGCAAUUCCUGAAACCGUUAUAAAAGUUGCAAGCACUGAGGAAGAUAAUGAAAUGAUUUUAGAACAACCAAUUACCUCUACACCAAUUGAACCAAUUUUAGCUAAGAGCCCGUCUCCCAAUCAGGAACAUACCAUCGCUUAUCGUUUAGACUGGAAUGAGGACAAAGAAAAUGAAAAACCUGAAACUGAAACUUUAGUCAAAGAAAAAGCAGUUGAAGCUAACAAAACUUAUCCUUACCAGCCAGAGGAUGGUUUUUGCUGCGUUAUUUCUAUGUAUGAUGGAGUGGUAUUGUACACAACACCGAGUUUAACUUCUGUUUUGGGAUUUCCUAAAGAUAUGUGGUUAGGAAGAUCAUUUAUUGAUUUUGUGCACCCAAAAGAUAGAGAAACCUUUUCUAGUCAAGUUACUACAGGAAUAGCAUUUCCAUUAGUCGAUUCUGAAGGAAAAUACAAAGAUUAUAAAAACUGUCUUUAUGUUUGCUUGCGCAAAUACAGGGGACUGAGAUCAACUGGUUUCGGUGUCAUAGAUAAGGCAGUUUGUUAUCAAGCUUUCCAACUUACGGUGAAGUUCAAACACAUUACUGAUUCGCUUGAAACCAAAUAUUUGGAAAAUAAUAGCGGUAUGUUUCUAGUUGUCGCCGCAGUUCCUGUUUAUUCGUCUUAUAAAGUUCCAGAGCAAAAAAGAAUUUCGCCUAAAUUCGGCAUGCGCCACACAGCAGGAUGCAUUUUCAGUCAUGUUGAUCCAGAUGUUGUAACGAAUUUUGGAUUUCUGCCUCAAGAUAUGCUAGGAAAAUCAAUUUUUGAUUUUUAUCAUCCCGAAGAUAUGCCUUUUCUUAAAGAAAUUUAUGAGUCUGUGAUGAGAAUGUGCCAAAUAGCAGGAUCUGUUUUUCGUAGCAAACCGUAUAGAUUUGCAGUACAAAAUGGCACUUUUGCCAAAAUUGAAACCGAAUGGUCAAGCUUUGUAAAUCCAUGGUCUAGAAGAUUAGAAUUUGUAAUUGGUUUUCACCGAGUGACAGAAGGACCAUUAAAUCCUGAUAUUUUUGAACCUCCAUCCCGGGAAAUAACAAAGACUUUAUCUGAAGAUAUCCUUAAAGAAAGUAAAAAUUUAAGAGGUGAAAUUUUACUAUUACUUAACAAGGAAUUACCACGUCCAAACGAAUCAGUUAAACAUGAAGUUUCCAAACGUUGCAAAGAUCUUGCUAAUUUCAUGGAAUCUCUUAUGGACGAAGUAACUAAAACAAAUAAUCUAGAACUGGACUUACCCCAAGAAAUCAAUCCCACUAUCUCGGAACGAGACUCUGUCAUGCUGGGUGAAAUAUCUCCAUACCAUGAUUACUACGACAGUAAAUCAUCCUCAGAAACACCACCUAGCUAUAAUCAGUUGAAUUACAAUGAGAACCUGCAAAGAUUUUUUCAGAGUAAGCCAAAAACAACUGUUUCGGAAGAAAGCAGUAAUGCAGUGCAAGUUGAAAAUAGUAUUGAAGUUAAAGUUGUAUCAACUAACCAAAAAUGUUUGUCUCCUGUACAAAAUAGUGGAACAUCGGGUAGUGGAAGUGCAGGAAAUUUGAGUUCCCUUAGUAAUCCAAACAUCGAAAAUGGUGCCACCACAAACACUAAUAUCAAUACAAAUGGUGAUUCUUACAGACCACCCUUAUUAACAGAAUCUUUACUAGUCAGACACAAUGAAGAUAUGAAAAAAAUUAUGCUAAAGAAACAUAAGGAGCACAGAUCAACUGUUAAAGACAGCAAAAAAUCUCAAUAUAAAGUAGAAAAAGUUGAUAAAAAUGAACAGUUUUUGGUAGAUUAUACACAACACGGUACUAAACGUAGUGGAACUCAUUCGCAAGAUGAAGAAAAUCAUAAAAUUUCCAAACGCACGUCAAAUCACAAGGAUGAGACACAUGUCAAUAAUUCAUCAUCCUCAAUGAAACCAAUUAACAUACAUAACAAUCAACAAACUCCUGCAACUGUACAUUGUAACGAACAUUCGAUUUAUCAAUCAGGGUUAAAUGACAUAAACUUAUGGCCUCCCUUCUCAGUAACUGUUACAAAUAUGAAUAAUACUCAAGCCAACACUGUGAACACAACUUUGAGUAGUACAACAGGUUCUGGAAGAUUUGGAACUGGAAUGUUUCCACUAUAUUACAUCCCCACUCCUCAACAGAGAACAAUUCCUAGUCAUUUGGGUGAACCCGUUCUUCAUGGAUCUCAAUACCAAGUUCAAUAUAUGCCUGCCAGUAUGGUCUACAACUACAAUAGUUUAUAUUCCCCGUCACCUUUCAUUUGUUCCACUCUCCCUGUUUUACCUCUUCCUAUGGUUCCGCCACCUAUUAACCCUAUAAAUCCAACAACAGACGUUCGUUGUAUAAAUUUAUUACAAACUAUAAAUGGGGUGCAGAAUGUUUCUGGAGUUUCCGAGAGCAAACCAAUUACACCUAGUACCCCUCAUACACCAUACUUUCAGAGGCCGUCUUCUCAUGCUACUUCGGUAAAAGCAGAAACUGGGAGCGUUUUGGGAUCUAUACCGUGUGCUAGUGUGGCUAAUAAACCCGCAGAACCAGCAGUACGAAACAAAAUUCCUUUAGUAUUCAGGAAUAACAAUGUCAACAAUAUAGACGAAUCUAGUAGUUGUUACUCUUCAUCAUACUCGUCAUUUUUAAAAACUGAUGGUGGUUCUGGGUCCAAUGACGAUUCUAACGUUGUAGAUACUAGUUCAAAUAAAACCAAUGGGAAUGUGUGGAAAAUUAAAAAAAAUUGCCCAAUGCGAAAGAAGGAACCACCGUGGCUCGAAUCUUUGGAAAUUUCACCAGACUUAAUCUACAGAUACCAAGUGGCAGUAAAAAAUUUAGAAGAUAUACUUACAGCUGAUAAAAAUUGCCUUAAAGAGUUUUCACAGCCUGUACUAGUGAAUGAUCAAUUAAAUCAGUUAUACGUAGAUAUGGAAUUAGAAGGCCUAUCAAAAAAAUUGACACUUGAAGAAGGAAUAACUUCAAGCAGUAGCAGUGACGAUAACUCCGCCAAUCUACCUAAGAUAAAGAAAAAACGAAAGUCUUGCUGCUCAUUGGUAAUGAUUUAUGAAGAAAACGCUCCAUUACCAUCUCCUGUGGAUCGUUUCAAUUAAGUAAUGUUCAAAUUUAUACAGAAGUACGAAAAUAAUAUUAAUAUUUAUAAAAUAUAUAUAAAAGUAUUUUUUAAUACUCGUACAUUUAAGCAUAUAUAGUCCAGCCAACGAAAAGGUAUAGAAGGAAAUGUUUGGAACACAAUUUUUGACUCCCCGCGCGUAGCCUUUGAGCGACAUGACCACUCAAUAUAAAAUGAAUGCCUAUUAAAAUUGAUUCAAUGUUACAUACUGUUGUAAUGUUUUAUGUUAAUUCACUUUUCUGUGUCAAUAAACGUUGUUUUCAGUUAAUGGUUGUGAUUUAUAAAACCAUCUCACUGUUUUAAAGACACUCAUACAUGCAGAAACAUGGUCAUAAUUUCCCAAUAAAAUGGUCUAGAUAUUUUUUAAUUAAGUAUGAGGAACCUGGUCAGAGGGCCCACAACUAUAUAUUCUAAAAUGAGUAUUUGUGCUAUUUAGAUAUCCAUUACUCACUUAAUUUAUAUGUGAAUGGUAUUUUUUCUUUGCAAUCUGUUAUAUACAGAACAAAACUGGACCCUACUCAAACAAAUAGUUGAGGAAGACUUACUUAAAAUUCACAAAUGGUUAGAGUCGAAAAUUUAAACGGUUAAUUUUGACAAAAAAUAAUGUAUUCCCUUCUGUUGUAAUGUAUCUACUAUUCCAAAUUUCAAGGAAAUUACGGUGAACACAAACAAUAAAAUACACAAAAUUAAAUUAUAUGAAAAAGUUAAGUUUUUUUUUCCUGGGCUCGUCUGACUAUGUGUCUCCGAAUAACACUGAAGCCUAUUGGCUUAUUGUGUUUUAGCCCAUGUUAGUUCAUAGCACCCACUCUAUCACCUUUGUACCUUGUACAAGUUUGUACAGAUCUUUGGGUGAGUGGGUUCUAUACGUUGUUGGAUCAACCUGGGGUUGUCCAAAAAGAGCCUGUCUUUUGCGAUCUAGAGCUUCGCAUUCGCACAGUAUGUGUUUGGCCGUUUCUGGUUUCUUGUGACAUAGUCGGCACAUGAGUUCCCCAUUGUACAUGCCAAUUUUGUUCAAGUGUCCUUUUACUGGGGCGUGCCCAGUCAUGAACCCUGUUAUCACUUUCAACUGGUUCCUAUUCAUUAAGAGUAGUUCUCCAGUUCUUUUGGGACAUGGUCUGCCUAUGAAGGCUUUUCGAUGUGCCUGUUUUGGGGUGCUUCCCCAAUAGUUGAUAUGUUGUUCCCGAAUCCAGUCAUUUAUAAAACCCCGGACUGUACUUUUUGGUACUCCUGGGUUUGUGUCUGGUUCCGGUGUUUCUUCUGACCCUCUUUUUGCAAGUUCGUUAGCCUUUUCGUUGCCUUCGAUCCCUUUGUGACCUGGCAUCCAAAAUAGUUUUACUCUAUUUCGGUCUGCCAGUGUUCUUAGUUCUUCGAUGCAUUCCCAUACCAGCCUCGACAUAACUUCCUGACUCGAUAUGGCCUUAAGUGCCGCUUGGCUGUCUGACAUUAUUUGAAUAUGCUGAUUUUCGACAGCUCUUUCAUUGUUCGUUUUUGCACAUUGCAAAAUUGCGUAUACCUCGGCCUGAAAUACCGAGGAAUGUAUUCCUAUAGUAUAGCUAUGGUUAUUAUCAGGGUUUUUGGAGAAUACUCCUGCCCCAGUGCCUUCCGCAGUCUUAGACCCGUCUGUAUACCAGGUUUGUUCCUGUCGUUGGGCAUUGGUUCCCUUAUGGUGAUCUCCGCUCUUUCCUGUAUUAAAACCUCAAAGGGAGUAUUAAAAGAGUACCUCUUGGUUAUGUGGUCUGAUCUCUUGUCUAGCACGUCUCCUGUAACUAACCUUGAGAUACUCAUGUGACCUGGCCUAAUGUCAAGAUUUCCCAGUGUAUUCCCUAAUCUGUAAGCACCUAAUCUUGCCUCCCCUUUUAUCACAUAGUGAAGAGGUGGGAGUCCUAUUUGUGCUUCCAUUGCAGCAGUGAGGGUUGUUUUUAUUGCCCCCGUUAUUCCGAGGCAGGCAAGUCUUUGUACCUUGCUUAGCCUCGUUAUUGCUUUCCUUUGCUGUGUCUUUGGCCACCACACCAAAGCUGCGUAUGUUAUUAUGGGUCUCACCACCAUAUUAUAAAGCCAGUAUAACAUGUCUGGUUUUAACCCCCAUUUUUUUCCAAAGGAUCGCCUUGCCAUCAUUAAUGAGGUUUCCCGCCCUCAUUGUGGUUCUUUC